AUGUCAAGCGCCAAAAUAUUGAUUAGAGGAAGUUUACUAGGAAGAUUCAUCUACAGAGUUUCAUCCAGAAAGUAUCUUGGUUACAAAGAAGAGUCAAAGGAUUAUGUUAUUCCAGAGAAAUACUUAGAACCUUAUCAAAAACCAGAAAUUGAUUCAUCAGAUGAGAGCACACUGACGUUAGAUAAAUCGAAAUUCAUUAUUGUUGAUUGGGAUGGUGACGAUGACCCAGAUCAUCCAAACAAUUGGCCAAUUUGGAUUAGAAUAUUUGUUGGAUUGUUCAUUUCCACGCUUUCAGCUUUUGUUUACAUGGCGUCUGCUGUUUAUCUACCUGCUAUUGAAGAAUUACAAGAUGAGUUCCAUAUAGGACAUGUUGUUGCUACACUCCCACUAUCAUUAUUUGUUAUUGCAUACGGUUUAGGUCCAUUGAUAUUUUCACCAUUAUCAGAACAUCCAUCGAUUGGAAGAAAUUCACUAUAUGUAAUAACGUUGGUAAUAUUUGCAAUCUUGCAAAUUCCUACAGCUUUAGCUAAGGAUAUUGCAUCGUUUUGUGUUUUAAGAUUCAUUGGUGGUAUAUUUGCCUCACCAGCGUUGGCUACAGGUGCUGCAACAUUUGCUGAUAUGUAUAGCUUGCCAUACAUGCCAGUUGGUUUAGCUCUUUGGGGUAUUGGUUCUUUCUCUGGAGUCAGCUUGGGCCCUUUAAUUGGUUCUGCGUUGGAAGUCUCUACUCAUGGCUGGAGAUGGUCAUUUUGGUUCAUGUUGAUCUUAUCAAGCUUCUUAGCUUUGGCAUUUGCAACCAUUAUUCCAGAAACUUAUCAUCAAACCAUAUUGGCGGGAAAAGCUGAGAGAUUGAGAAGAAUCACAGGAAACCCACAUAUCGUAUUAGAAUCAGACUUGCACACUCAUGAUAAGUCACCAAGUGAAGUCUUGACUGAAAUCUUAUGGAGAUCAGUUGAAAUUGGGUUACGUGAACCUGUUGUUGUGAUGAUUAACCUAUACAUUGCUUUGCUAUACGCUGUUAUGUACUUGUGGUUUGAAGGAUUUCCAAUUUAUUUCGCUGAAACUAAACACUUCUCAACUAUGGCUACUGGUGUUGCAUAUGUUUCCAUUAUUGUUGGUGUUGCGCUUGGUGCGUUUUUAUAUAUUUUUUUGAUUUUCCAAGAUUAUACUAAACCAAUGUUAAGAAAGGAGAAAGUUCACCCAGAAGCGUUUAUGAGGGCUUCUAUAAUUGGUAGUAUAAUUUUGCCUAUUGGAUUGUUUAUUUUUGGAUGGUCUGCAACGAGGGACCAUCAUUGGAUUGGUGCAAUUAUUGGAGCUGCAAUAUAUGGGUUUGCAGGAAUAAUGAUGUUUCAAACUUUGUUGAACUAUAUCGGCAUGUCAUUUCAUAGAUAUGUUGCCUCAGCGUUUGCUAGUAAUGCAUUUUUAAGAUCUGUUGUUGCUGGAUGCUUCCCACUAUUUGGUAGAGCCAUGUUUAAAAACUUGUCAACUUCACAGUUCCCUGUUGCAUGGGGUUCUACUAUUUUGGGUAUUAUCACAAUCAUGAUGAUUUCAGUUCCAGUUUUGUUUUAUUUGAAAGGUCCAAAGCUAAGAGCUAGCUCAAAAUAUUCAGGUACCGGACGUGAAGGUGGUAAUUUAUAG